UCCCGGGAUCCCCUUCGGUCCUCCGGAUGGAGUUGCCGGGCCAGCCUCGCUGGGGUCGGCCCCCUCCCUUCGGGGGCGGGGCUCCAUCUCUUGGGGACUACACCCCUCUCCCCCCACUGGGUCUUAGUCCUUUAAAUUCUUGGAAUCACUUUUGGGGCGCUAGAGACCCUUGGAGCCGCACAGCGGGGUCCUGGGGGGCUAUAGAGUGGGGUCCUCUGGGCACGUAAUGGGAUUUGGGGGGUUCCGUUGAAAUGUUGCUGGGAGCUCAACUGGAAUCUAAAAGUUCUUCGGGGAGGUGAAGGCCAGGCACGCCGAGGGGGAGAAGCGAGCAGACAUCCAGCUGAACAGCUUCGGUUUCUACACCAAUGGCUCCCUGGAGGUGGAGUUGAGCCUCCUGCGGCUGGGCCUCCGGGAGGCAGAAGAGAAGUCCCUGCUGGUGGGGUUCAGUCUCAGCCGGGUUCGAUCUGGCAGAGUUCACUCCUAUUCAACCCGGGAUUUCCAGGACUGCCCUCUCCAGAAAAACAGUAGCAGUUUCCUGGUCCUGUUUCUCAUCAACACGAAGGAUCUGCAGGUCCAGGUGCGGAAGUAUGGAGAGCAGAAGACGUUGUUUAUCUUUCCCGGGCUCCUCCCGGAAGCACCCUCUGAACCAGGGCUCCCGAAGCCACAGGCCACAGUCCCCCGCAAGGUGGAUGGCGGAGGGGCCUCUGCAGCCAGCAAGCCCAAGUCAACACCCGCAGUGAUUCAGGGUCCUAGUGGGAAGGACAAGGACCUCGUGUUGGGCCUGAGCCACCUCAACAACUCCUACAACUUCAGUUUCCACGUGGUGAUCGGCUCUCAGGCGGAAGAAGGCCAGUACAGCCUGAACUUCCACAACUGCAACAAUUCAGUGCCAGGAAAGGAGCAUCCAUUCGACAUCACGGUGAUGAUCCGGGAGAAGAACCCCAAUGGCUUCCUGUCGGCGGCGGAGAUGCCCCUUUUCAAGCUCUACAUGGUCAUGUCCGCCUGCUUCCUGGCCGCCGGCAUCUUCUGGGUGUCCAUCCUCUGCAGGAACACGUACAGCGUCUUCAAGAUCCACUGGCUCAUGGCGGCCUUGGCCUUCACCAAGAGCAUCUCUCUCCUCUUCCACAGCAUCAACUACUACUUCAUCAACAGCCAGGGCCACCCCAUCGAAGGCCUUGCCAUCAUGUACUACAUCGCACACCUGCUGAAGGGCGCCCUCCUCUUCAUCACCAUUGCUCUGAUCGGCUCAGGCUGGGCCUUCAUCAAGUACGUCCUGUCGGAUAAGGAGAAGAGGGUCUUUGGGAUUGUGAUCCCCAUGCAGGUCCUGGCCAACGUGGCCUACAUCGUCAUCGAGUCCCGCGAGGAGGGCGCCAGCGACUAUGUGCUGUGGAAGGAGAUUUUGUUCCUGGUGGACCUCAUCUGCUGCGGCGCCAUCCUGUUCCCCGUAGUCUGGUCCAUCCGGCAUCUCCAGGACGCGUCUGGCACAGACGGGAAGGUGGCGGUGAACCUGGCCAAGCUGAAGCUGUUCCGGCAUUACUAUGUCAUGGUCAUCUGCUACGUCUACUUCACCCGCAUCAUCGCCAUCCUGCUGCAGGUGGCUGUACCCUUUCAGUGGCAGUGGCUGUACCAGCUCUUGGUGGAGGGCUCCACCCUGGCCUUCUUCGUGCUCACGGGCUACAAGUUCCAGCCCACAGGGAACAACCCGUACCUGCAGCUGUCCCAGGAGGACGAGGAGGAUGUUCAGAUGGAGCAAAUAAUGACGGACUCUGGGUUCCGGGAAGGCCUCUCCAAAGUCAACAAAACAGCCAGCGGGCGGGAACUGUUAUGAUCACCUCCACAUCUCAGACCAAAGGGUCCUCCUCCCCCAGCAUUUCUCACUCCUACCCUUCUUCCACAGCGUAUGUGGGGAGGUGGAGGGGGUCCAUGUGGACCAGGCGCCCAGCUCCCCGGGACCCCAGUUCCCGGACAAGCCCAUUUGGAAGAAGAGCCCCUUCCUCCCCCAAGUAUUGGGCAGCCCUGUCCUCACCCUGGGACCACCCCUCCCUUCCAGCUAUGUGUACAAUAAUGACCAAUCUGUUUGGCUA